UCGUUUUCGAAAACCGACCCCGCUCCGCACGCGCCCUGACCCCUGCGGCGGCGCCGGCAGCCAACCGGAGCGGAGCGGCGAUGAAGAAGAUCUUCGGCGCCAAGAAGGACAAGGGGCCGCCCCCAUCCAUACAGGACGCAACCGAGCGAAUAAACAAGCGGGGCGAGACGGUGGACGAGAAGAUCAAGAAGCUGGACGAGGAGCUGGCCAGGUACAAGGACCAGAUCCGCAAGACCCGCCCCGGCCCGUCCCAGGAAGCCAUCAAGGCGCGCGCCAUCCGGCUCCUCAAGCACAAGCGCAUGUAUGAGGAGCAACGCAACAUGUUGUACAACCAAACCUACAAUCUCGACCAAGUUGCCUUCGCUGCCGAUGGCCUCAAGGACGCACAGCAGACUAUGAAUGCGAUGAAGGCGGCGAACAAGGAGCUCAAGGGAAUGAUGAAAACGGUCAAGAUUGAGGACAUUGAUAAUAUGCAAGAUGAAAUGACGGAUCUGAUGGACGUGAGCAAUGAGAUACAAGAAACUCUUGGUAGAAGCUACAACAUCCCUGAUGACGUUGAUGAGGAAGAACUGAUGGGGGAGCUGGAUGCUUUGGAGUCUGAUAUGGAGUUCGAGUCAGCUGCAGUUCCGUCGUACCUUCAACCUGAACCUGAUUUUGAUGCCGACCUCAACUUACCUGCUGCACCAACUCGCCCUGCAGCAGUCCCAGCAGGUGGACAGCAGGAGGAUGAACUAGGAUUACCAGCGGUGCCUCGAGCAUCACUUCGCAGUUAGAAAUGGUGUUGUACCUUGAUCUUAAUUUGGUGUGAAAACUCUGUGGUCUGUGUCUGAGUCUGAACAGUCUGAUGUAUGCUUUUUUUUUUCGUCAUGGUAAUGCUUCAGUUUAUUAUGCUUGCUGUAGCUGCUGCCCUUUCCUGUUUCCUUGUUAAGGUAACAAUUAUAUAUAAUCGUGUCUCUUUAAUGUUGUGUAACCGCAACAGAUUAA